GGUGUUCGCGAGCGCACUCUGCCUCUCUCUCUCUCUCUCUCCCUUCCCGUAACGAGCUCGACGUGUGCAACGACAUAAUAGUGUAUAAAAACCGUUGAAAAAAAUAAUAUAAAUAAAACCAAACUUAAAAAAACCUUUCCCGCCAUGUUACGGCACCGGCGAUGCCGGGGUCCAGGCCGUUGACGUGAACAUCUCUAACCGGCAAAGUUAAGUCACGUGUGCUUCACGAGUGCCGACAAUGUGGUACGCGGUGAUCUCCGUCCUGGCAGCGUGUGCACUGUGUGUCGACGGUCAAUUACAAGAAUCAGUGAAAUGUCCGUCUCCUGGUCUCACGCUGAACGGCACUGUUGUGGCACCUCGAUCCGGCAUAUCGGCAGACUUCUCAGCGCUGUCCGAAGUGAAGUUCUCCGCUCGUUUGCCUUCGCCUUUGCCAAAAAACGGCGUAGCGUCGAUGGCGUCAUCGUCGGAAGACGGUUCAUCCAGAAUUUGUAAAAUAAAAUGCGUAGCAGGUCAAUGGGUCGGUCCUCUGUGCCAAGAGGGGAACGGCGAUGGAAGAUUUCAGCCAAUUUUGAAGUCGUGUGUAAUUGAAGAGUUUUCACCGAAUCUCAUACUGUCGUUUAAAAACCGGAUUAUCACCGAGCUCAAUACGACAAUACUUCACAACGACACCAUAUCGGCAAGGUGUCAAGAGCCCAUCGGCACAUAUAAACUGAGCGGUCCGUCAAUGAUUAAUUGCAAUAACGGCAUUUGGACGAGUCCUAUUCCAAAGUGUCAUCCAACAACGCUAUUUACAAAUUACUCAGAAAAUUCACCACCGACAAUUUUGGUCAGGGUGCCCUCCGGUUCGGCGGCUGUGGAUCACGGUGGAGAACUUGUGGUUUUCCCUGGAUCGAUAUUGCAUUUGGAAUGCUUAUACUUGAGAAGACACGGUGACCCAGAAUGGACCUGGACGUCCGAAGCCGAUACCUAUCUGACGGGAUGGGCUAUUGGUAACGACGAACGCAACUGGAAGUAUCGGCUAUCGAUUUACUAUGUAAAAAACUUUGACACCGGCACGUAUACUUGUACGACCUCACGGGGAAUCAACAAUUCCAUUUCCCUUCGGGUGUCGGACAUUCAUUGUAAGCCCAUACCGAGCAUGGACUUAAGUCCACAUCUCAACUAUAGGGCCAGCGGACACAGGCUCGGUCAAACGACUUACUUCAACUGCCCGCCCGGGUUUCUACUAAAAGGAUCCGCAAACAUUACAUGUCUACCAUCAGGUGAAUGGUCAAAUUCACCACCAAAAUGCAUAAUGGUCAAGUGUCCGGCAAUUAACGUAGAUGAUUCCAGAUUAAUCAUGGUCGAGUACAAUGACACCUACGGAAAACGCGCAGUGUUCAAAUGCGCUUGGGGUUUCCAAAUGUCCGGUGAAAACUCAAUUCAAUGUUUAGCGGAUUCUACUUGGUCGCAUCAAAUACCCACGUGCACAGAAAUCCUGUGCCCACCUCCGGUUGUCCCACUGAACGGAUUUCUUAUUGAAGACUCUGCGCCAGAAAGACACGUCGUCGGUUCGGUAGUGCAGUUUUCAUGUGGCGUCAAGCAUCAAAUGAUCGGCAAACCCAGCACGAUGUGUACUGAAAACGGCACCUGGUCACAUUCUCCACCAUACUGUAAAGCCAGAUGCGAGUAUCCCGGCGAACCGCCAAACGGUCGGAUCAUACCGCUGAAGUUCUGGUACGGGCCGGGCGACAAGUUGAAAAUAACGUGCUUGGCCGGAUACGUGCUUCCCUUGCCGACGGAGGCCAGUCCGCCGGUGUGCUUGAACGACGGCACUUGGUCGCAUCCACUGCCCGAAUGCAUACCGUACACGAACGUAUGAUUUCAACAAAAGUCAACAACAACAACAACAACAACUCCGAGCACAGGGUGGCGUACUUAA